CGUCCACCGGCUAGAUUAGCUGAGCCCCAGCUUCCCCUGAGAGUGAACGUGUCCCCGCUGCUGUACCUCCCACUUUUCAUCUGGAAUGUCUCAUCCAAACCCGGGGCGCCCCCCCAGCCAGCGGUCUGCGCCAGAGGCGGUUUCCCUAAGGAUGCUGGCGAUGGAGCUGCGGAACCCUGACCGCUCCCGAGCCCGUGGCCCUGAGCUCUCUCCCUCCGGGGGGCUGGUGGCUGGACUCUGAACAACUGCCUUCAGUAAAGGACCAGUCUUCACUGGCAGCGGCUGGAACUUGGCCCUCAGCCUGGGGUGGCAGCUCUGCUAGCGGCGGGUUCACUCCUUCCUGGCUGAUGCAGUGCUGAGCUUUGAAAUGUAGCCGAACACCCAGCCCGAUGACCGGAGUUGGGCAGGCCAGCAGUGCUCGCCAGAGUGGUCUGGCCUGCUUCCGGGGAUCCAGGUGGUGUUACAUGUCCAUUUCAUGCUUUGGGGGCUCCACAUCCCACACAACACUUUUAGCAGAGCCUUGAUUAAAAGGAAGCCUGCAGACUCUC